AUGGCUCUUACCGAGGCUAAGAGUGAUCCUGGAGCGUGCUUCUUGCACGUCCCCAAGUAUCCUUUCUCCGCCAAGGGUCUUGCCACGCCCUAUAUCCUCAAGAAGGGUAACUGCGAUCAGACGAACCCAGACCAGCAGGUCUUUGUGGAGGCUACCAUCUUUGACCCGGACACAAAGACCUUUGCUGUGUAUCACCCAUUGGUCAUCAACGAAGGCACAAAGCCUGCGAUUGAUCCCAUUGUGCCCAAGCUGCCAAAGAACGCCGUCGUGGGUCUGUGGUUCGGUGCCAAUUCAGACUCUGUCACCCUCACAGGCGAUAUCCAACGCUGUACUAACGGACUCUCGAGUACGGACAUCUUUAGUCAGGUCGCGUUCUGCGGAGCCGAGCACUUUUUCAAGGUCGUCCAUGCUGCAGACAAGUCCGGCAAAGAUGUCGUCAUCCCUCCCAUCGGCACAGACAUCCAUGGCAACCCCUGCCCGACCACUCGUCACUUUGGUAUCAUUGACCAGGACCAGAGCGAUAAUGUUAUCACGACUUACCUUCAAAAGGGUAACCGCUUUGCCCAGGCCACCAAGGCGAACAGACAGAAGUUGAAGAAGUUUGUCGAGUUCGCUAAUGGUUCCGAUAAUGCUUUGGUUGCGGAGCUCAUUGACCCUGCUAUCAAGUGCAAACCCUUCAAGGCCCCUUCAUUGAUGGAGCCUAACGUGAUGCUCGGUUCCAUGGCUCUGAACGAGUUGCAUGCAACGCGUCAACGGGCGCCCGUGGCUCUGAUUCCCUCCAGCGACCCAAUGGUCCUGUCCAACAACAAGCCCUCAAUCCGAAAGCUGAAUGCCUAUCGUAAGGGCGUGGAUCAGCCUUUAGUCCCCCAUCUGUACCUGGCGAGCCCGAAGGACUACUGCAUUAAUUUUGACAAGAUUGCACCUGGCUAUAUCCAAUCGAUUGCAAAGCAGAUCGUAGGUCGCCCUUCACCUGCGACUGAUGUCGCAGACAAUUUGCUGACCUUCAUGGGUCAGCGCUAUGCUGCCUCAUGGGUCAACCUGGCCUGCGACAAGAUCCUGAAAAAGACUUCGGCUAUCACUGUCACCACGAAGAAGGGUGUCGCCACUGAAGUCCACUUCCAUCAAUCCAAGAAAAUUGGCGGCAAGAAGCAUCACGGCAAGAAGCAUCACGGCAAGAAGUACGACUGA